AUGUCCAGACACCAGUUUGACUUAGUUAUGUGCAUGAAACAGCCUGGAACGCAAAUAGGACUGUUGUGUGAUAAAUGUGAUGGUAAAUGUCCCAUUUGCGAUUCCUUCAUAGACGAUAAUACAAUCAGGCUGAAGAAAAGAGUUAGGAUAUGCCAGACAUGUUCGUUUGGUAAGCAGUCCUACUCAUGCAUCACUUGUGGAUCAAAUCUAGCACAUCAUGAGGCGUUUUACUGCUUCGAGUGCUGCAAGUUAGAGAAGGAUAAGGAUGGUUGCCCUAGAAUUAUCAACGUUGGUAGCAAUACAGUAGAUAAACAUUUUCUUAAUAAAUGA